AUGGUUAAAGCCAAAGCGCAGAAGGCGAAGGCGGCGGCCAAGUCAGGGGGUAAGGCAGUGGCCAAGGCACCGGCCAAAGCACCGGCCAAAGCAGGGGCCGAGCCAGACGCCAAGCCAGAGUCCAAGACCGAGGCGAAGCCCGAGGAGAAGGCGGCGGCGUGUCCGGCCGAGCUAUGCAGCGGAGCUUUGGCGUUGAAGGAGGCCAUCGCUUUCCUGAAGAAGAAGAAACUUUGGCAGAGUUUGAGACCGAGCAGGACGAGCGCCCACAAUGUGAAGCCCUUUCCAGAGGACUUCACGGGGGCAAUGGUUGUGAAAGUGCCUCGGUAUUAA